GCCACCCCCUCUCCUCCUUUUAGCAUCUGAAAAGACCACUGAGUGAGAAUCGAUGGCGCAGAGGCCCGCUUGACAGGACAAUAAACCACAAAGAAGGGCAUCUUCACCGGCUACCCGUGAGACGCAGCGAUGCCCCAGCAGAGGGAGGUCUCGUCUCCGUCCCGCCGCCUCGGCCUGGCAUCCACCCGCCUCCAGACACUGAUGCCCGACCACGACUUCCCAUGAGGCCACCACCAGCACUCAGCUCGACCGCUCUGUAUGGGGCCUCUCACAUAUGAAUUGACAUGGAGGAUGAAGAUGGGACUUGUCUACUUGAUGUUUUGUGUGACCCCCAAGCCCUGAACGACUUCCUUCAUGGGACCAAUGAGCUGCAGACUGAAGACCUGCUCAUUAACUCCUCCUCUGGGGAGCCCUCCCUCUUCACAGAUGCCCCGAGUCCUGUCUCUCUGCUGGGAGAUGGCAGGGACUCCCCAGACACGCCUCCGCCUGGAUGUGUGGAUCUGUCCUUCUUGGAAGAGGCCCUCCUGUCAUCUCCAGAGGGUGGAGAAGACCCACAGGUGGUGCAGGGUGAGCCACCUGUGGAGGCAGCUUGUGAGGCAGAGAAGAGAGAAGUGGAGGAAGAGGAGGAGGCGGAGGUGGCAUGUGAUAUCCUCCAGCAGAGCCUACAGGAGGCUGAGAUCACUGAGCAGACCAUGGCUCUGGAAGCAGGUCUGGCACAAUCAGGGGACAGCCUGUCCCUGUACUCACCGGCCCCUCUCCUUUCUCCACCCACCGCUCCAUUCAUUCCUAAAUCUGUGACCUUGCCCGUGACCACGGCAUUGCCCAGAGACACCCAGGCAGCAGUGGAGCCUCCCCAGCCCUCCCUACUGGCUGUCGGGCCUGGAUGUCCUUCUUUAAAGCCUGCCGCCCCUCCUCAGCUGAUGGGGCUACUACCUGGAAAUGUAUUUCCUGCUCCUUCUCCAGAGACCUCCUUUUCUCUAAGUCCUGCCCAGGGCUCAAGUAUGAUCAUCCACAAGGCUGUGCCGAGCGUUGCCAGUCGACCUCUUAUAACUCCAACCCUGAGAGCAGCAGCAGCAGCAGCACCGAGCAUCGUCCUGCAGCGCGCACCUCAUCCUAUACAGCCCAAGUUGCCCAUCAGCAUUCAGCCCAGACUGGUUCAAAUUAGCCCCAAGCCCUCUGGGCAGAAGCCCACUCCUGGUCUUACAUUCGUCCCUGGGACUGCCUCACCAAACAUUCUAUUGUCUCAAGCAGCGGGCCAAAAGACUGUCGCUCCGCCACCGCAGCCCACCCAGCAGCUCCCCAAACCAGUCAGCCUGCAGCUGGUCAAUCAGGGUGGCUCCUUUGUGCUGCAGCCUCAGGGACUAUUCCAAGGCCAAAACCAGUUCCUUCUUCCGGGCCAGUCUCCUGUUACAAUCUCCCAGUCUGUCAGUGCAGCACGACCGCUGCUGACACCCAGUCACCAAGGCUCAUCGGUUCACAGCAUGACCCCCUCCACUGGGCAGCUUGUAGAUGGCUCUCAGAUCUUAACUGUGCCCCAAAGACAGCUGAAUUUCAGCCCUGUGUUCACCACCGCAGCUGGGCAGCUAGCGCUUCGCCAGGCCACUGUGCUUUCAGGACCUUUGCAGCUACAGUCAGCACCUGCUACUGUCUUCCAGAUGCCAGCACAGCUGGCUGGAACCUAUGCUCCAGGAGGGCAGGGGCAACGUGCCACCCUGGUCCACAGUCCUGCUCUUGGAAACCACAUUACCUUGAUCAACAGUUCAGGGGUGCUUCCCCCAGAUCUUACUUCUAUCUCAAUUGUUAAUGGCCCCUCAAUGGUUCAGGGGAUGCCUUUUGCUGCCCAGGGCCCAGCUCCUCCGAGAGGAGUGACAGAAGGACAGCUAAACCUCCAGCAGGCCUCGGUGGUCCUGCUGCCAGAGAGAACUAUUCAAGAAGAGAGGACCAGCUCUGAGGAGACUUUUCACCAGCUACAACAGCCCUAUGGACACACUCUCCAGCACGUCUCUGUACAGCCCACCACUUCUGCAGGGCUGCAGUCCUCCUCUCCCCCUGUGGUUACAGUCCUACAGCCACCUCCCGAAGCACCUCUGGCCCCCGACCCUGCAGAGAUGCCCAAACUCUUGUUGCCCCCAUCAGAUAUGACCCAAGUGGUAGAGGAGGUGACCCACUCGAUGAGUCAGAACCAGGCCUUUAUGCAACAUCUGCAACAGCAAGCACUUAGUCCCCCGAUCACUUCUGAAUUGUUGGUUGGAGCGCUGCCGGUGGUGCCAAUGGAGUCGCUCGCCUCACCAGUCACCAGUGACAGAGAGUCCCAACCUCAGACCCAUGCAGUCUCCGGUCAGGACACCUGCACAGUGAUGUCAGACCAGUGUGCUGAGGUUUCUCCGCUUCACUCGGACCCUGAGAACACGCCACUGAUCUGCUCCCCCUCUCAGAUUCAGGACACUGGAAGACCAGCAGCAAGAACUUUUUCCCCUCCAACCGGCCCUCAGAUUGCUCUGCCAGGACCUGAGAAUUCAGUCCCCCAGACUACAGCUUCCCAGCCACACAGUGAACCCCUGGUUCAGUACGAAGUCCCUCAUCAGCUACAGGUAUCGCAGGCCUUGUUUGCCCACAACCAGUUGCAGAUCCAGUCAUCUGUUUCCAAGCCUCUGCCCCAGGCUCAGGCCUCAGUUUCACGGCCCCAACUAUCUGUUUCACAGCCUCAGCCUUCAAACCAUACUUCAAUCCACAGCAGUCAAUCCCCUCUGCCUGUCAGUGUCUCGGUGCCUCAGCAGCAGCCUAAUCCCACAGCUGCAUCUGCAGUUCUCUCCAAAGCAGGAGACGACUCUGCUGUCCAACAGCACACACAAAACAAGCCAACAGCUGCCUUGGCCGUGGAGAGUAAGGCAUUUACUCUCGAUGUCCAUCCACCCUCUCCUGCAGCCCAGGGGGUCCAGGGGCCCCCUGCUCCCAUGGAGUGCGCUCCCAUCCAGACAAGUCAGCAGACGAGCACCAAGCUGGCAGGUCCUCUGGAGCUGCAGAGAGAGGAGAGGCUCACACCAGCAAUGCGCAGGCACAGGUUCCAGCAGCAGCUUUGUUUGGACCAUGGAGCAGUGCAGGCUCCGCUCACUGGCCCAGCCUUCUCCACACUGAAGGACGCUGUUAGACACCUGCUGCCAUACCACACCUGCGCUGGUCACCUGCCCACUCAGGAUGACUUCAAUUUAGUGGACCAGGAGUUCGACACUGUGUCCGGUUUCCUGCUGAAACGCACCAAGGACAUGGUCAACAAAUACAGGCAGCUAUUAGUUAGAGAAGCCCAGCAGGAGAGUCCCUCAGCAGAGAUGGUAAUGCUGGAGCGUCUCUUCCUCCAGGCCGAGCGAUACGCUCUAGCGGAGGACAGACGGCGAGCCCGCAGAGACCCGGAGUCCUUUAUGACAGCUUUGGCUACGUCAGCGUCUUCCCCUCAUGCCCACUCCUCUGGCAGCCCCUCUUCUCCCCCAGCCUGGACCAGACUGUCCGACAGGCCUCCGGGACUGAAGACCUACCGCUCCAGCUCGCGGGGGGCUCUCAGACUCACCAUCAAGCAGGAGUCAGGCUCUCGUAAGGUGAUCCACAACUCGGCCUACGACCCGGGACUCAAAAGGGACCACACGGGGCAGCUGACCAACGGUGGUGGGGCUGUGAACGAACGCCACUCUCAGGCACCCAACAGAGAACCCAAGCGUCCUGAGCAUGACGAGGAGAUGACCAACGGAGCUCCGCUCAGUAACACUGCUGAGCAAGUCUCACAGACAGCACCCACGUCCGUAAAAAAAGUCCCAAAUCCUCUUUCUAUGCCAGAGCCGCAGGAUGUGCGCUUUGAGUUGCCUCCCAGAGACGUCAGCGCUCCAAAACUGAAAUGUUUCAGGGUGGAUGCGUCCCCUCGGGCCGAGCAGCGGUUCAGCCCGCCGCCUCCGCCUUUCCAAGAGGACAACAUGCUCAGUGAACAUCUACAGAGUGCCAUCGACAGCAUACUGGAGCUUCAGCGCCUGCAGGGCCCCUCUGCAGCCCCGACAAGGGCCACGUCAGGCCCGACAUUGGACCAGGCUGUCACCAGCAUCCUGGAGGGACACCUGUGAGGUAAUCUGCAUAGACAGGCAUCCACACCGAUCCUAAAACAUCGAAGUUGAAGUAAAACAAAGGAAGGUGUACAAGACUUCUUACCUGUUCCCAGAAGGGUUUCAGAUUUUACAGAAAAAGCGAGGAGAAAAAAGUUAAGAGGCACUAUAAGCAGAUGCAUACCAGACAACAGCACUAUCUAUAGUCCGAUAGAUGUUAGAUACUUCAUUUUGAUGUACGUUUGUGGAAAAAAAAUCUAUUUGAAUAGGAGCUAUAUUGUUUCAGUGGUAGUUGAGUCAUUCAGAGGUUUACGACACUGGUGUAACCUUCAUCAGCAUAUAGUAUAUAAGUAAUAGUGAGGCAAACGAAAACGUGGAGUAGACUGAGAUUAUUCAAUAGUUUUUUAUAAGAUUUCUUUCGAAAAUGUGAAGUUUUCUUUUGCAUAGUGCCAAGCUUCCAGGGUAUUUAUUUUGAUAAUCUGUGCCAAUUGUGUUUUGCGCAGCGAAGAUGUGCGUGCGUGUUUUCCUUUGGAUUGGUUUGCGUGGAUCAGAUAAGUGCGUGUGUGUUUGUGAGAGUGAGAGAGAAGACAUUGCAUCCUGCUAUGGGACAGUACAAAAAAAAAAAAAACAACAAAAAAAAAAUACACAAUUCCCGCAGGCUCCAUCAUCUCGGCUUAAUGAAUGAAACUCCAAAGAAUUUGUGCUACAUCCUGAAUACACCAGCAAACGUCCGUGUUGUGUCUCUUCCCACAAACUGGAGUGCGUCCUUGUUAUAGCAGAAAUAACCCGAGGGGGGUUAAAAUACAUAUUAGGCAGUCAUGCUUUCUUAUUUUUCAUUUUUUUGGACCCUUGCUGUCACUUGUGCUAGAGUCUUAACUGUGAAAAAUCUCUAGUUUUCUGUGCGUUUUCAGAAACGAUAAUGGUUUCCCAUACUGUAUGUAUUAACAUGCAAGCAAUAAUAAGUUGGGGUUGUUGGGAGCAGUGGUGGUGCAGUGAAGAGGAGGAGAUGACAGAUCUUUGCCUGUUUUGCUUAUCGGUGUCAUUGGAUGAGAACGAAGAUUAUUUAUCAUUGACUAAGAUGCUUAUGCCAUUAUCAAAGCCCGUGUAGUUUAGAAAUUGUGUUUCUAACAUGUUUUAAGGGCUUUGAGGGUACUUAACUGCAAACGUGACCAUGAAAAUGUCCAUUUUAGGGGGGAAAAAACCCCACCAAAACAGACAAACUGUACAGAUAUUGAGCCUCUCUGCAUCGUCAAACAGCCUUUGACCAAAAACUAGAGGAACCAUCCGCUUCUCAUCUCUUUAGAGUUCUUUGUUUCUAGCCCGCUGUCCUAAAGCUGGAGCUUUAUUUUACCGCAGCCGUUGUGGAGCAAUAUAUGAUUUUUGCGACAUCUUAUGUUAAUGUGACAAUCUUAUUGGUCUGUGUGAAGGUGUGAAUUCUGGUCAUUUUGGGGUCAUUUGUAACAGCUGUACGACUCUCUCCCUUGUGAAACGCGUGCAAGAUGUUCCUUGUGGAUUUUUGCCUAGAAGGUCGAAACGUACAAGCGGCAAAUAGUCUCCUUUUUUUGUGAUAUUACCUAAAAAUUUGUUUUAAAUUUUUGCUUUUGCAAACCCGUAAGGGAUCAAGGUUUGACUUGCAAAUUGGAAUUGUCGAGAAAAUGCCUUAUUUUAAUUUCAGUGUACCUGAAUUGGAGAAAAAGCUUAUUAAUGUAGUGUUUUUGAAUACUUUUGAAUAACAUCUGGUGUUCUGAAAGUGAAAAUAACUUGUCCCUUCAAAGAAAAAAAAAAAAA